GCCAACGCCGACAAACCGUGCUGCUGUGAUCGUUCGUGAGGUUGUGUGGUUGUGGUCGCACUCACGUCAACAGAGUCUUCACCUCUCCGAGUGAGACCUUUGAUUCGCUCGCUCGUUCAGGACACAGGAACAACAACAGCCAAAAACAACCCACUCGACAGCCGUCACGAUGGACGACGUCGAGCAGCUCCAGCAGCUCUCGCUGGUGUCUAAAGUCGUCACCGAGCUGGAGAACAACUGCGGCAUCUCCGACCCUUCACUCGCCGAGUUCCUGAUCCAUUUGGCCGGUGAACAUGACAACGCAGACAGCUUCAGGCAAGCCCUGGACGACAUGGACGGCGGCCUGGAUGCACCCUUUGCACUCAGUUUGUGGCGACUGAUCGACCGCCUCACACCCGACAGCAAGAAGAAGAAGAAGAAGAAGAAGAAGGCACAAACACAGGCAUCGGAGCAGAACGAUGGCAGCGCCGACGACAGCGAUGGCGCCGCGCAUGCCAAGCGUAAGCCAGAUGAUGAGAAGGCGGAGAAGCGCCGCAAGGCGUUCCCUGCGUUGGCCAUCCCCGACAAGAAGGCGCCAGACCUCAACGACCCAGAGGCAGAAGCCAAGGAUAAGCAAAUCGCGCUGGAAGCCCUGGACCGCCUGGAGUCGUUCCUCUCUUCCUCCAAGACGGCCGGCGCUGAUCACGAUGCGCCGCCACCAGAGGACGUGGACGCGGUGCACCCAGAACGCCGCCACCUCACCCAGACACGCGACGCACCCCGCGAUCGCAGCCGUGAUCGUGGCCGUGAUCGUGGCAGUCGUCGCUCGCGUUCGCGCUCGCGUUCCCCUGGUGGUCGCGGCCGCCAUCGCCGCAGCCGUCGGUCCCGUACGCGCUCCCGCUCCCGCACACGCUCGCCCGACCGGGACGAUCUCGGUCGCCGCCGCCGCCCGCGCCGCAGGCGAUGGGACGACUAUGACGACGACACCAGAGACACUGACCGCGACCACCGCGAUCGCCGGCACCGCAGGAGCAGGAGCAGGAGCAGGGACCGUGGCCGCCACCACGACCGCGACCACCGUGACCGCCGCGCAGGCGGUGAUGAGGACCCGGAGCCCGUGCAGGGGAAGGUGUACGAGGGCAAGGUGACGGGCAUCAUGCAGUACGGGUGUUUUGUGUCGCUGCUCGGCGUGCGCGGCAGGCCAGACGGCAUGGUGCACGUGAGCAACAUGAGCCCGACCGGCGCGCACGUGGCAGACCCCAACGACGUGGUGAAGCGCGGGCAGACGGUGUAUGUCAAGGUGCAGUCCCGCAUCAACAACAAGAUCAGCCUGACGAUGAAGGACAUUGACCAGUCCACCGGCGAGGACGUUGCCGCCGCUCGCCGAGCACCGCUGCUCCCACAGCCGGGCGGCGCAGCAUCAGCAUCGGCAUCAGCGCCAGGACCGCAAGCACCACCGGGUGCCGGUGUUGGCGGGGCGAUGAACCCGCCCGUUGGUGGGCAGAACCCGGACAAGCCGCGCGGCCACGAGGUGUUUAUUCCCGAGGAGACGGGCCCCGCGCGCGCUAAGAAGCGGCUGACGUCGCCGGAGAAGUGGGAGCUGAAGCAGCUGAUUGCGGCGGGUGUGAUUGACCCGACGGAACACCCUGACUACGACGAGGAGACGGGCCUGCUGCCCCAGGACGACGGCGGUGACGAGGAGCUGGAGAUUGAGCUGGUGGAGGAGGAGCCCGCCUUCCUCUCCGGGCAGACGCGCAACGUCGACCUGUCCCCCGUGCGCAUUGUGAAGAACCCUGACGGCUCGCUGCAGCGCGCGGCCCUGACGCAAGCCGAGCUGGUGCGCGAGCGCCGCGAGCUGCGCAAUGCCAAGCGCGAGGCGGAGGAGCAGGCGGACGACCGCGUCAUGGACCAGGACUGGCACGACCCGAUGAAGGCCGGCAACCGCGUGGAGGCGUCGCGCGGGCGGCUGGAGCACCGCGACAUGCCCGAGUGGAAGCGGGCAACCAUUGGCGGCAAGGCGGUGUCGUUUGGCAAGAAGACGGACAAGUCGAUGGAGGAGCAACGCAGGUCGCUGCCCAUCUUCCAGCUCAAGAGCGAGCUCAUGCAGGCCGUGCACGACCACCAGGUGCUGAUUGUGAUUGGCGAGACGGGCUCUGGCAAGACCACGCAGAUGACGCAGUACAUCUACGAGAUGGGGUACGGCAAGAAGGGCCGCAUCGGGUGCACGCAGCCGCGCCGCGUGGCCGCCAUGUCCGUUGCCAAGCGCGUGAGCGAGGAGUUUGGCUGCCGCCUGGGCGCGGAGGUGGGCUACACCAUCCGUUUUGAGGACUGCACCAGCCCGGAGACGCGCAUCAAGUACAUGACGGACGGCAUGCUGCUGCGCGAGUGCCUGAUUGACUCUGCGAUGAGCGCGUACUCCGUCAUCAUCCUGGACGAGGCGCACGAGCGCACCAUCCACACGGACGUGCUGUUUGGCCUGCUGAAGAAGGCGGUGCUGGAACGGCCCAACGACCUCAAGCUCAUUGUCACCUCCGCCACGCUCGACUCUGAGAAGUUUUCCGAGUACUUUUUCGAAGCGCCCAUCUUCACCAUCCCCGGGCGCACGUUCCCCGUGACGACGCUGUACACCAAGGACCCGGAGACGGACUACCUCGACGCCGCGCUCAUCACCAUCAUGCAGAUCCACCUGACGGAGCCCCCGGGCGACAUUCUGCUGUUCCUCACGGGCCAGGAGGAGAUUGACACGGCGUGCGAGAUUCUGUACGAGCGCAUGAAGGCGCUUGGCAAGGACAUGCCCGAGCUGCUGAUCCUGCCCGUGUACUCUGCGCUGCCGAGCGAGAUGCAGACGCGCAUCUUCGAGCCGGCGCCGCCGGGCGGCCGUAAGGUCGUCAUUGCCACCAACAUUGCGGAGACGUCGCUCACCAUCGACGGCAUCUACUACGUGGUGGACCCCGGGUUUGUGAAGCAGAAGGUGUACAACUCCAAGACGGGCAUGGACUCGCUGGUGGUGACGCCCAUCUCGCAGCAGCAGGCGAACCAGCGGUCUGGGCGCGCCGGGCGUACGGGUCCCGGAAAGUGCUACCGGCUGUACACGGAGCGCGCGUACCGCGAAGAGAUGCUGGAGACGGCGGUGCCCGAGAUUCAGCGCACCAACCUGGCCAACACGGUGCUGUCGCUCAAGGCGAUGGGCAUCAACGACCUUCUGUCGUUUGACUUCAUGGACGCGCCGCCCACGGAGACGCUCAUCCUGGCCCUGGACAACCUGCACUCGCUCGGGGCGCUGGACGACGAGGGCCUGCUGACGCGGUUGGGCCGGCGCAUGGCCGAGUUCCCGCUGGAGCCGCAGCUGUCGAAGAUGCUCAUCCAGUCCACGCACCUGGGCUGCAGCGACGAGAUUCUGACCAUUGUGUCGAUGCUGUCCGUGCAGGGCGUGUUCUACCGCCCGAAGGAGAAGGCUGCGCUGGCCGACCAGCGCAAGGCCAAGUUUCACCAGAUGGAGGGCGACCACCUCACGCUGCUGCAGGUGUACCGCUCGUGGGAGAACAACAAGUGCUCCAACCCGUGGUGCUACGAGAACUUCAUCCACGCGCGGUCGCUGCGUCGCGCGCAGGACGUGCGCAAGCAGAUGAUUGGCAUCAUGGACCGGCACAAGCUGGACAUUGUGUCCUGCGGGCGCAACUUCAAGCGCGUGCAGAUGGCCAUCACGUCCGGCUUCUUCCGCAACGCCGCCAAGAAGGACCCGACGGAGGGCUACAAGACGCUUGUUGACCAGCAGCAGGUGUACAUCCACCCGAGCAGCUCGCUGUGGAACCGGCAACCGGAGUGGCUGGUGUACCACGAGGUUGCGGUCACCACCAAGGAGUACAUGCGCACCGUGACGACCAUCGACCCCAAGUGGCUGGUGGAGUUUGCGCCCGCCUUCUUCAAGGUUGCCGAUCCCACGCGCAUGAGCAAGCGCAAGGCCAACGAGCGCAUUGAGCCGCUGUACAACAAGUACGAGGAGCCCGACGCCUGGCGCAUCUCCAGGACCCGCAGGCGCGCAAAGAAGCGCGUCUAGUGUGUUUACGUGUUUGUGUGUGUGUGUUUGCAUGUGUGUGUCAUGUGUGUGUCAUGUGUGUGUGUGUGUGUGCAUGUGUGUGUGUGUGUGUGUGCAUGCGUGUGUGUGUGUGUGUGUGUUGGUUUGUUUUGUGUGGCAGUUUUCGCACUCAUCCGCGGUCAAAAAAAGCGAGUUUGGUUGCCUUGUCUUGUCUUGUCUUGCUUGUGGCAUGAUUCUAUCGAUGUUUCAUUUGUUAGCGGGGUUCUCAGCGGUAGCCCACAUACAACAGCACCAGGUUCA